AGAGAGAGAGGGAGGGAGAGAGAGAGAGAGAACAAUGUACAUCACUGAAUUGCCAGUGACCGAGUCAGCGCGCGCGACAGAGCGAUGUGAGUGGGGAGCGCGUGGCGCGAGGAGAUAAGGAGAUAGCGGAAUAAACGCGGAGGAUAAGUCACAGAGGCUCGAGUCCUCUCCUGCACAUGAAUGAUUGUCCCCCGCAGCGGGGGAGGGCAGCAGCUUUCGUUUUAUUAUUUAUUAUUCUCGACGUUUGAAGGCACUGUACUAAACCGUUAAAACUGCAGAGAAUCGCUCGCGCCGGCUCUCUUGGCACCGGGGAAAGGGACAGUCGAAGAAAAACCGUGCUGCCAGUGACGUGGUUAAGGCAGAAAGUGACCAGAGUGAGAAAAGCUGUUCGACUGAUAUUUGCCAGGGAUGGAGGAAUUUAUUAGCGAUUUCGGGAUGACCAGGGCUCUUACGCGCUGUGCAGCCUGGCGGGACCGUCUAUGUCGCUCUUUCUGGUAGCACGAGCGAGAGUCGUGACGGGGACGACGGUUUGGCUGUGUAUAUAUAGAGAAAUGUUUAAUUUGAAACUCUUUCAUUCAUGGAAACCGGCUUUUUCUCUUUACGGUGGCUUUUGCACAAUAUCCAUCAUCAAUUUGGAGCAUCUUAUCUAAAUGAUAGAAAUGCACCAAUUUGGUAAUUAAUUGUUAAUUCAAGCGCAUUCAUUAGAUCAGAAACACUUGCCGGUUUUCCUACGGCGCUUUGAUCGCGCGCCCGGCUCCGGUUAGAACGGGAAAGCGUGCGCCUCAUUUACGUAACAGGCUGCAUGCCCCUCGCCGCCUUUGCUCUCCGUUCCUGCACCGGAGUCUGACUCCGCGAGAGAAACCCGUGCUCCCGGGGGAAAAGCCGUCAUGUUCGUGUCCGUGUGGUACGCAAAGAAGAUGGGCCGUCGCUUCAUCAACAACGUACGCAAGGCCAAAAAACAACGACAACGCAUGAUGAUGAUGAAUGGGAUGGACGGGGAAGUUGAAUAUGAGGAAAUUACACUGGAGAGGGGGAACUCUGGUCUGGGAUUCAGUAUAGCUGGAGGGAUUGAUAAUCCUCACAUAGGAGAUGACCCCAGCAUCUUCAUCACCAAGAUCAUACCAGGGGGAGCUGCCGCUCAGGAUGGCAGACUGAGGGUUAACGACAGUAUUCUGUUUGUGAAUGACGUGGACGUGCGUGAGGUCACUCACAGCCUGGCGGUGGAGGCUCUGAAGGAGGCGGGGCCAAUUGUGCGUCUCUACGUGCUGCGGCGCAAACCUGUCUCCGAAAAGAUCAGCGAGAUCAAACUCAUCAAGGGGCCCAAAGGUCUGGGUUUCAGUAUAGCAGGCGGUGUGGGGAACCAACAUGUUCCCGGAGACAACAGCAUCUACGUCACCAAAAUCAUUGAGGGCGGAGCCGCACACAAAGAUGGACGGCUACAGAUAGGGGACAAAAUACUGGCCGUGAAUAAUGUAUCAUUAGAGGACGUGAUGCACGAAGAUGCUGUGGCGGCCCUGAAGAACACAGCGGAGGUGGUCUACCUGCGUGUAGCAAAGGCCCCCCACCUCUACCCUGGGGAUGCUUACAAUCCUCCAGAUAUCACCUCAUACUCUCCACAUAUGGACGACAUGGGCCACCCCAACUACCUGAGCUCUGAUUACCCACAAACCCUCUCUCCCACCACGCCACGCCGCUACUCACCCAUUCCCAAGGGACUGAUGGGAGAGGAUGACAUCCCCAGGGAGCCUCGGCGUGUGCUCAUCCACCGUGGAUCCACGGGGUUGGGCUUCAACAUUGUGGGCGGUGAGGACGGCGAGGGCAUCUUCAUCUCCUUCAUCCUGGCGGGGGGGCCGGCCGACCUGAGCGGGGAGCUACGGAAGGGCGACCAGAUCCUCAGCGUGAAUGGGGUGGAUCUCAGACAUGCGACCCACGAGCAGGCGGCUGCAGCGCUGAAGAACGCUGGCCAGACAGUCACCAUCAUCGCACAGUACAGACCAGAAGAAUACAGUCGGUUCGAGGCAAAGAUCCAUGACCUGAGGGAACAGCUGAUGAACAGCAGUAUGGGGUCAGCCACGACAUCCUUACGGUCCCAGCAGAGAAGCUUUUACAUCAGGGCUCUGUUUGAGUAUGAUAAGACGGCUGACUGUGGGUUCCUGAGCCAGGCGUUGGGCUUUGGCUUCGGGGACGUGCUGCACGUGCUCGACUGCUCCGACGAGGACUGGUGGCAGGCCCGACGCCUCAGCCCGCACGGCGAGCUGGAAGAGGCCGGAUAUGUCCCGAGCAAGAGGAGAGUGGAGAGGAAGGAAUGGUCGCGGAAGUCUAAAGAACGGGGAAGCCAAGCGAGAGAUGACUACAUCCAGAGUUAUGAGGCUGUCACUCAAAUAGAAGUGCACUACGCGCGGCCCAUAAUUAUCCUGGGCCCCACUAAGGACCGCGUCAACGACGACCUGCUCUCAGAGUUCCCCGACAAGUUCGGGUCCUGCGUUCCGCAUACGACUCGGCCGAAGAGGGACUACGAGGUCGACGGGCGCGACUACCACUUUGUGUCGUCACGGGAACAGAUGGAGAAGGACAUCCAGAGCCACCGCUUCAUCGAGGCGGGCCAGUACAACAGCCACCUGUACGGGACCAGUGUGCAGAGUGUUAGAGAGGUUGCCGAGCAGCAAGGGAAGCACUGUAUUCUGGAUGUGUCUGCUAACGCCAUCAGGAGACUGCAGGCCGCUCAGCUCCACCCCAUCGCCAUCUUCAUCAGACCCACCUCCCUGGAGAAUAUACUGGACAUCAAUAAGCGUCUGACUGAGGAGCAGGCAAGGAGAGCUCUGGACCGUGCUAUCAAACUAGAGCAGGACUUCAUCGAGUGUUUCACAGCCAUUGUGGAGGGUGACAGCUUCGAGGAGAUCUACCACCGCAUCAAAUCAGUGAUCGAGGACCAGUCAGGACCUUACAUCUGGGUGCCCACUCGAGAGAGACUCUGAG